AUGACUAAGAACUCCCAGCAACAUCCUCUGCCUGUUCCCGUCACCACUUCUCCAUCACCGCAGGGCUUGAACACAGUUGAGUACUGUGUAGUGCCUCGCUUGGUAUUCGGCCAAGAGGAAGAGGUGGCCGUCAAUGACUCGCCUUAUCCACGCCCAUUGCGAGGAAAGGGGCGAGGCAAGUGUACAUGUAUUUGUACUCUGACGAGGCUGAGGAGUUGGUACUUGGCGAUGGAUGUGUACGGCCUCACGUGGACGCUGGUGGUGAUGCUGGUGGCAGGGUGUGCGGCGCAGAUAAACGAGUGCAGGAGACCCCCACUCAACAAUCGCAUCGUGGGCGGUCAGACGGCCCACGCGGGGGCGUGGCCCUGGUAGGUCAGUAUGCACAGAUCUGGGCGUCACUUCUGUGCGGGGUCUCUGGUCAACAGUGAGUGGGUUCUAUCUGCCGCCCACUGCUUUGGGAGUUCCAGGACCUUGAUAGCGUAUCUGGGUCGUCAGAGCCAGCAGGGCUCCAAUCCCAACGAGGUGUCUCGCGGCAUCAUUCAGAGGAUCAUCCAUCCCAACUACACAAGCGGGGUUAUGGACAACGACCUGGUCUUCCUGAGACUGUCGGUGCCUGUGGUCUUCAGCGACUUCAUCAGGCCCGUUUGCUUGGCGGCGUCCGACAGCACCUUCUUCAGCGGAACACACAGCUGGGUCACCGGCUGGGGCAACGUCGGUUCCGGAGAGCCGUUGCCCCGCCCACAGAACCUGAUGGAAGUGGAGCUUCCGCUGGUGGGUAACCAUCAAUGCAACUGUGACUUUGAGGUGGGAAGGAUCACAGACAACAUGAUCUGCGCUGGUCCGCGUGCUGGCGGCAGAGACGUCUGCCAGGGGGACUCGGGCGGUGCGCUGGCAAGCGAACAAGAUGGCAUCUGGGUUCAAAGCGGGGUGGUGAGCUUCGGACAAGGUUGUACACUUCCAGAGCUGCCAGGCGUCUACACCCGAGUGUCGCGUUACCAAGCGUGAAUCAGCAGCCAAAUCGAUGCCGACACGCCAGGCUUUGUCACCUUCACAUCCGCGGGAGUAGACGCCGACCUCGGCGUCAGCUGUCCCGGCCUCCCGCCUCUCGCCCCAGGUGAGCCGCACACCCCCCAAAGGAUGUCUGUGCUGUGCGGGCGCACCGACUUGAACACGCGCAUCUCAGGGGGAUCCUCGGUGGCGACGGAAGGGGUGUGGCCAUGGAUGGCGAGCUUGCACUGGAACGGAAGUCACGUCUGCGGCGGCACUUUGGUGGCCGAGGACGUCGUACUGAGUAGCGCCGACUGCUUCACGCGGUGA